UAAGUAUGUUAUUUAUUUAUUUAUUUAUUUUUGACUGAGAAUAAGUAUGUUAUUUACCACUCGUCUUCCCUUCCAUCCCCAUUUUACAAAAAAAGGUAUGAAAAGCAAGAAGAACGUAGGAAAACCACACUUGGCAGGAGAUUCCAGCAUCUGCUCACAUCGUAAAGCAUCGUCUUAGUAGGCAGCCUAAGGACUGCAGUAUCUGCUCACCCUCCAAGAGUCACAAAACUCCUUCUUCAGAUGUUCUCCUGCACCCUUUGGCAGCAGAAAAACUUAAGGAUUCAAUCACACUCUUCGUCUAUGACUACUCUCAAUGCAACCAUUGACCGCAACAUGUGAGGCAGACUUGACUAUCCUUUGAUUUCUCAGUUUCUUCUUGAAUUCUAUAUUCUAUUUUGGCGAAUUCUUGCAUUCCGUUUUUCUUAACUCUCUAAAGAGAACUGAUGAAUUCUUGCAUUCCGUUUUUUUUUUACAAAAUGAUAUUUCACUGAUCGUAUGAGAAACAAGUGAAAAACGUGAAAUUUUGGUUUAGCAUGGGAUAACAUUUUUUUUUGGGAUAUAAUUUUUUUUUUGGGAUAGCAUUUCAUCCAUUAAAAAAAAAAUUCAUCCAUGAUACCCCGUCCGUUUCAGAAUUAUCCAUAUUUAAAAAAAAAUAUUUCUAAAAUAUCUAUAUUUUACUUUUUCAAUAUAUGUAAUAAUGGAAAUAUAUUAAUUGUAUUUACUGAAACUUUGAUUGGUUGAAAAUCAUAUGAAAUAGCUAAUUACUAGAAACAAUGUAUUUAUCAAAAUUUUAUGUGAUCGUGAAUGUGAAUUAUUUUAAAAAGAGAAAGUAAUGUUUAAAAGUCUAUUGAUUUGAAAAUUACAUCAUAUCGUAGCAAUCACAUACUUAUUUUUGGCAAAAAACGAAAAGAAGGAUUUUACCUCUCAGCAUCCUACGUGUGUCAACAUUUUAUCUAUCAAUAAUAUCUCUUGCUCUUCUAAAGUCAAUGUCUCUUCAAAAGUCAUGUUGCUAGUUUUGCUUCAUUACCCUCACGUUAAUAGUUUCGUAAUUAUAUGGUAUGGUUAUAUGAUUAGGCUAUUAUUCGAUAGCCCAAUUAAGAUAUAAAAUGGGCUUUGUAAACAGAAUGCCAGCUGUCAUUACAGUAUUUCAGACAACGUGGUGCAGUAGAUGUGGCCGUGUUCCUGCUUCUUAACUCCAGGUUCAUCGUACAAUACAAGACCGACGCUUUUGUAAAAGAUGAAACCUAAACUGUAAUCGAAUAAACAGAUCGAUUUGUUACAAAAAAAUUCGUUUUCUUUUGGUUAAAGGUUACUUCUAGAUCCAGCUUUAUUGACCAUGACACGUACCAUAAAAGUUCAUGUUAAUGCUUAUAUCAAUAUUUUAAACCUGAUUUUAAAUAUCUUAAAAAUGUAAAAAAAAAGGUCUAAUUUCUCAUAAAAUAAUUUACAAAGAUUGAUCUUUAAUAUGAAAAAAUCUAUUAAACAGAUAAUAACUGUUUGAAGACAUUUGUUCUAGUUUUUCUACUGAAUCCUUCAAAGUUUGAUAUUUUUGGGGACAAUAAGUGAUAUUUCUUAGCAUACAUUUUGAAACGUGUUAUUCAUUAAGUUCUGCACAUUACUCGUAUAAGUAAAUUUUAAUUGGUUUUCAGGAAAAGAACUAUAGUCAAUUUUACUUUAUUACACAAAAGAGUUCAUCGUGGACUUUUAAUACUGCAAGAAGAAUACAAAAGUUUUCAAUCUUUUUAUGUUUCCAGAUCCGUUUAUUGAAACAGAAAAGAAGAAAAAACUCGAAACUCACCAUUAAAAGAAACAUAAAACGGCAAAAAAACACGACAGAGAUUCUCACAGACAGAUAUUUACAAAAAGGAUUCUGUUUUGAUUAUUGGUUGUUGAAUUUUUCUUUUCUUCUUCUGUUUUGUUAAUCUUGUGGAUCGAUGUCGGAGAAGGCAGAACUUCCGUCGACAUCGAACUCCACCGGAGCUCCGUCGCGACCCACUUUAUCUCUUCUUCCGCGCCCUUUUACUGAGACGUUCUUCAACGGUGGCGUUGGUUUCAGCCCAGGUCCGAUGACUCUUGUCUCAAACAUGUUCUCCGAUUCCGAUGAGUCUAGUAGGUCUUUCUCUCAGCUCCUUGCCGGAGUCGUCAUGCCUUCUCCUGCAACGGGUAGUGAAGGGAAUAGUAAUAGCUCUAGCUCUAGUGUUGAUGUUGUUGACCCGAGAUUCAAGCAGAGCAGACCCACCGGUUUGAUGGUUUCUCAGUCACCGUCGGUGUUCACCGUACCUCCAGGGCUAAGUCCGGCGAUGUUGCUUGAUUCACCGAGCUUCUUGGGUCUUAUCUCUCCACUUCAGGGAUCAUAUGGAAUGACACAUCAGCAAGCUCUAGCACAAGUCACAACACAAGCUGUUCAAGCCAAUGCUAAUAUGCAACCUCCUUCCUCUCAGGUUCGAUCUCAGAACCCGACCUCAGCUCCGGAUUCUUCACUGCUAGCUCAAAGAGAAACCUCAGAUAUAACCAUCAUGGAGCACAGGUCACAACAGCCUCUAAAUGUUGACAAACCAGCCGUCGAUGGCUAUAACUGGCGAAAGUAUGGACAAAAGCAAGUCAAAGGCAGCGAGUUUCCUCGAAGCUAUUACAAGUGCACGAGCCCAGGUUGUCCUGUCAAGAAGAAGGUUGAGAGGUCUCUUGAUGGACAAGUAACAGAGAUCAUCUACAAAGGUCAGCACAAUCACGAGCCUCCUCAAAACACUAAGCGUGGAAACAAAGAUAGUCUACAUGGGAGUUUGAUUAAUAACAAUCCUAACAAAACUACGAGGGAACAGCAUGAAGCAGCAAGUCAAGCUACGACAGAGCAAAUGUCUGAGGCAAGUGACAGUGAAGAAGUAGGCAAUGGAGACACUGGUGUGAGAGACGAGCCUGAUGCCAAGAGAAGAGUUCUGGAACCAGCUGCUGCUGUUGCUGCUUCACAUAGAACAGUGGCGGAGCCUAGAAUUAUUGUUCAGACAACAAGUGAAGUUGAUCUUUUAGAUGAUGGAUAUAGGUGGCGUAAGUACGGAAAAAAAUUGUCAAAGGGAAUAGGUAAUACAGCAACAGAUCCAAAAGCUGUAGUAACAACAUAUGAAGGAAAACAUAACCAUGACCCUCCAGCAGCUAAAUCAAGCAGCCAUGCCGCUGCUGCAGCGGCACAGUUAAGGCAUGGCGGUUUGGCUAACUUAAAUCAGCAGCAGCAGCAGCCCGUUGCGUGUCUAAGGCUGAAAGAAGAGCAAACGAUUUAAGAGAGGAAAACUUAUGUUCAUCAGAAGGAGUUGUUCUUUCUAUGUUCUGGUGUAAAAGUCUUCAAAGUUUUUUAGGUUUUUUUUUCAGAUUUCUGUUUAUUCAUGUGUAUUCUUUUGUACAUGAGGAAGAAAAUUUACAGGGGGUUAUGUGUUGUAUCUUUGUGUUAUUGAUUCAGAGGAUAGGUUUUACACUUUGUGGAUGAAGUUUUAUAUGUUGCAAUAUCAAACUGUAUUUUUUGUUUGUUUGUUUA